CCAGCGGACACUGCUCGUCGCCUGCAGCCGGCGGGGUCAGCUCGAGCUCGAUAGCAGCGCCCAUCAAGAUGUCUGCGCUGAGGGUCACCCGGGUGCUUCAAAGCAUUGCUCAAUGUGGCUGGAGAUCACAAUCUAGUCAAGCUGCUCAAGUGUCACAUCAAAUUAAACCUGGAGCUGGCUUUAGUUUUGAGCUCAGUGAUGAACAGAGAGAGUUUCAAGCUACUGCUCGUAAAUUUGCUAGAGAGGAAAUCAUCCCUGUUGCUGCACAAUAUGACAAAACUGGAGAGUAUCCUGUUCCCCUUAUAAAACGGGCAUGGGAACUUGGUCUGAUGAAUUCACACAUACCAGAAAGUUGUGGUGGACUGGGCCUUGGCACUUUUGAAAGUUGCCUUAUUACAGAAGAACUAGCUUAUGGAUGUACAGGGGUCCAAACUGCUAUUGAAGCGAAUUCCUUGGGACAAAUGCCAGUCAUCAUUGCAGGAAAUGAGCAACAGCAGAAGAAAUAUUUGGGGAGAAUGACUGAGGAGCCAUUGAUGUGUGCCUACUGUGUAACAGAACCUGGAGCAGGCUCUGAUGUGGCAGGUAUAAAAACGAGAGCUGAGAAGAAAGGAGAUGAAUAUGUCAUAAAUGGUCAAAAGAUGUGGAUCACCAAUGGUGGCAAAGCUAACUGGUAUUUUUUGUUAGCUCGUUCCAAUCCUGAUCUGAAAGCCCCUGCCAGCAAAGCCUUUACUGGAUUUAUUGUGGAAGCAGACAGCCCUGGAAUCCAAAUUGGAAGAAAGGAGAUGAAUAUGGGUCAGCGCUGCUCAGAUACAAGAGGUAUUGUCUUUGAGGAUGUGAGAGUGCCCAAAGAAAAUGUUCUAAGUGCUGAGGGAGUUGGUUUUAAAAUUGCUAUGGGAGCUUUUGAUAAAACCAGACCUCCAGUAGCAGCAGGUGCUGUUGGGCUAGCACAGAGAGCAUUGGAUGAAGCUACUAGGUAUGCUUUGGAAAGAAAAACCUUUGGAAAACCAAUUGUAGAGCACCAAGCAGUGUCCUUCAUGCUGGCUGAAAUGGCAAUGAAAGUGGAACUAGCUAGACUGGCUUGCCAAAGGGCUGCUUGGGAGAUUGAUGCGGGUCGCAGAAAUACUUACUUCGCAUCUAUUGCCAAGGCAUUUGCUGGUGACAUUGCAAACCAACUAGCUUCAGAUGCAGUCCAGAUUUUUGGAGGAAAUGGAUUUAAUAGUGAAUAUCCUGUAGAAAAACUAAUGAGAGAUGCCAAAAUCUAUCAGAUCUACGAAGGAACAGCUCAGAUCCAAAGGCUGAUCAUAGCACGUGAACAUGUUGCCAAGUUUAAAAGUUAAGCAAAAGCAUUGAUGUUGGCUGUCGAUGCCUUUAUAAAGGAAAAGAGGGCUUUAAACUUUUUCUUGAAUGCAGUUUAAAAAGAAAAAAAUAAGAACCUUUCAUUCACACUUUUGUAUUAUGUACUUUCUUAAACAUCAAUUCCUCCCCCCCCCCCCCCCCAAUACAAAUUUGGUAUUUUCU